GUGUCUGUAUGGUGGAGGGAAUUUAGGGACUGUAGCCAAUUUUGAGAGCGAAAGAUUGGAUUUUUAUGUGGUAAUGCAAGAAGGGUCUGUAGGGGUGUGUGUUCUUGGCUGGUUACAAAGACAUGACCAGCCCUCCGGUGGUCCCAACCGUGGCGCCCAUAAACUUGCAGACUGCAGAAAAAAUAGAGCUUUUUGGAAUUAUUUGGCAUUUAGACAUAUUGUCAACUGAUGAUGCCAUUGCCUGCCUUCUUUGUCUCAGUAUUUUGAUAGGUUAACUUAACUUAGCCUCUGGUAGGAAAAAAGGGGCCUUUUAAGUUAUUGAAAAGUUAGAUCUGAAUUCUUGAUUGUUUUAUUGUUGGUUCUACUUGUAUCAAUAAUGUGUUUAUGACAUAUUUGGAGGGGAUUUUGAUCUAAAUUCAGAGUCAUGAGAAGGAAUUCUGGACCGCCUUUUAGGAACUCGGGCGCCUUCACUAGCCCCGGGACGCCAGAGUAUGGUGAUCAGUUGCCGAAGACGUGGAGCUCUGAGAGGGUGCCAUUGCCUGCAAGCACUAGUAGGAGGCAUGUUUCUGCAGCUGCAUUGAUGCCCUUCAAUAGUGGGAGGACAGUGCCUUCGAAAUGGGAUGAUGCUGAGAGAUGGAUCACCAGCCCGAUCUCAGGGUUCGGUGCAGCAGCUGCUCAGAGACGGCCCAAGUCCAAGAGUGGCCCUUUGGGACAGACCCCGAUGGGACUUGUGUACUUUCCCAACUACUCACCCACUAUGCCUGUGCACGAAGGCGGGGCUGUGAGGAAUUUCAUGGCGAAUUCGCCCCUCACUACCGGCGUUUUGGUCCCUGAGGGUUUAUCUGUUCAUUAUGAGUCUGAAGUUGAUGCAAGAUCCCGUCCCUUGUAUGGUGAAGACGACAGGAGACAUGGUGCUAGUAUGCUCGGCUUGUCUGAUAUGCGUAGCGAAACGUCUGAGCCUAGUUCUCGAGACGACAAUAUGGGUGGCAAGGAAGAAGAAGCCCUAGUUUCAAGAAGGGAUAUGGCUACUCAAAUGAGCCCUGAUGGAAGCACCCAGUCAUCAUCCAAAGGCAGAUUAUCGUAUUCUACUCGUUCCUCAUUUCCUAUGCUAGGGAAAGACGACAUCAGAGAUGUCCAGGUAGACAAGGGCACCAAUACUUGUAGAGAAUUGAGGAAACAAGAUGUCAAAGAGAUGGAGUCAACUUGCGUAGGAGACAUACCUACAGCUUGGGACGUCACUGAGUCAUCCAGAAACAUGUCCAAGUUUCAGAGAGAGGAAGCUAAGAUCUCUGCUUGGGAGAACUUGCAAAAGGCUAAAGCCGAGGCUGCAAUGAGGAAACUCGAGAUGAAACUGGAGAAGAGGAGAUCAGCUUCGAUGGAGAAGAUAACAAAAAAGCUAAGAGACAAGCAGUCGAAAGCUCAAGCCAUGAGAAGCACUCUGUCAGACCAACCGCCUCCUCCAACACAUCGCAGGAGGAGGAUUUCGUGCUCUAUGUAUUUCAAGUUUUGCUCUAUUUGUAGCUGCUUCAUAUGCACCAAGAAAUGAACACUUGCAGAGUUUUUAAUCAUAUAAUCAAUGAGAAAUUAGUACUCA